AUGUACCCGCGCGCGAGAUUGGUCGUAUCCGAUUUGGCUGGUCUAGUCCGGGAGGCGAGCAGCUGGGCGGCUCAGCUCAGUUGGAGGCCUCGGUUGGCAAACGCAGAUAUUGUGAAGGAGAUAGUUUGCGCGUUGAUGGAGGUGCCGCCUGCAGUUUCUUGGGCGCCGGCGCAUAAGGACGUCGACGAGUGCCUGCACAUGGUUUUCAUUAUUUAUGGUGGCAUGGCAAUUGGUAGGGCAGAUUACUUUGCAAAGGAAGAGGCGCUCAAACAUCGGGCGUCGAGAGUCUCAGCGGACAUUUACUAUUCUGAGUUGAGGCACCACCAGAAGGUGAACCAGCACUUUUCCCACGUCAUGGAAUACAUGGUCAUGGGAGGUGCUUGGGAGGGCCCUGAUCUACCGAAGCCACGGAAGUUUGGGGCGCCAGUGCAGCCGGCCAUGCAGGAUCAUCGUCUCGUGGGGCUCAAGGACGGCCACAUGCAAUGCGUCGACUACGUCGGCGAGGUAGAUAUCUCCGCUGGGCAGUUCGAGGCGGUCGCCCAUGCAUCGCUGGGAGCAGAUCGAGUGCCGGGGGAAAGACUUGCGAUCGUGGAGGGCGUGUUCGAGGAGAAGAGCUCGCACUGUCUUUUCAACGCGGGCCAGUUCGGCGAGCUGAUCGAGUGGAUGCUUUUCUCAGAUGGCCACGCUCCCUUCGUUGCAGCGGACGUGCGUGAGCACUCUCCUUGCGGACGGAUGGCGUCAGCCCGCGUGGCCGCUGAGGGGGCGUUGGGGCCCUUUUACUCGCGCGAGGAGGACCCCGCCGCCGCCCCACGCCCCGGCGAAGCCCCGUCCGCGGAGCGCGGGGCGGCCGAGCGGGUCCGGCCGCCCGCGGCGGCAGAAACCGCCGCCGCGGCGGCCGGCAGCGCUUCGCUGGCGGCGGGCCUGGGCGGGCUGCCCUCGGUAGCCUUCGGCGCCUGGCCCGGAAGCCCCGCGGGGCUGCCGCCGGGGGCGCCCCGCUGCGGGCCGGCGGCGGGGGUGUGGGCCGCACCCCCGAGGGCGCCGAAGCCGCUGAUGAGCCCCAACGAGAAGAGGGACCUGGACAUGAUGUUCCGGCACCAGGAGCGGCAGGGCGGCCGGGGGAGCCCCGGUUCGGCGGAGCUUGCGAACCGGAAGGCGCGGCGCAGCAAGAAGCAGCAGGGCAAGCCGCGCGAGGCUUCCUGCCACGGCGAGCCCGCCGAGGUCGAGGAGGAGGCCCUGAGAGAGGCCCUGCUGCUGGAGCUGCUCUCCCCAGAGGUGGCACCGGGCGCUGCAGCCAGGAAGGCGAAGAGAAGGGCGCGGAGGAGAGCAAAGCCUGCCGAUUUGUCCGAGGCGGAGGCCGCCGCGCUGGGCGCCGCGGACGAGCGGCAGGAGGAGGAGGAGGAGGAGGAGGAGGACGGCGUAGCCGAGAGGGCGCGCCCGGCGGCCGCGGGCGAGGUGCGGCGGCCGGAGGCCGCGCGAGGCGAGGAGGCCGCCGAGGCGGAGGAGGAGGCGGGCCAGGACCCGAGAAUGGGGACGAUGAGCAGGAGGGCGAGGAGUCUGAUGACGAAGACGAGCACUCAGAAGUGGCGGACGCCGAGUGCGAAGAAGGUGACGGCGAGGAAGAGAAGGACUAUGCGGACCCAGCGGCCGCAGAGGAUCUUCACGAGGAUGAGGAGGACGCCGAUGCCGCAGCGCUUGCGGAGGCCGAGGACGAGGCCGAAAGAAACGUGGACGGCGACGCGGAGGAGGCCGACGGCGAGGACGCGAGCGGCUCCUCGGAGGGCCACGCGCGCGGGGGCAGCCACGCGGGCGGCCUGCAGGCCGCCUCCGCGCGGGACCUCAAGGCGGCCUCUUGCGGCGCGCCCGCGCAGCCCAACGCGUCCGGCCCGAGCAGGUGCUCGUCCACGUCCACGGAGGAGGGCGGCUCGUCCGUGGAGGCGCUCCCGGCAUCGGCGCGGCGUACUUCCAGCCCACUGGACUCCGAAACGCCGGCGGAGGCUGAGGCAGCAGCGGCCGCGGCGGCGCCCGAGGCCGCUGGCAUCGCCGCGGGCGCCGCGAGUCCGGUCGCGGGCCUCGUCCCGAGGAGACAGAGGGCUUGGGCCGAUCUCAUGGAUUCCUCGGACGACGAGCUGGAGGCCCCUGAUUCGCCCGCGCUGCUCGGUAUGCCGCCCUGCAGCGCCCCGGGCGCGCCCGCCCACGCCGGGCCGCCGCGCCACCGCUCCGCCAGCAGCGGCCGCAGGGGCUCCAGGCCGCAGGCGCUGGAGGCGCGCGCCGCCCCUCUCGGGCAGAUCGACGGCUGCAGUGGCGCCGCGCCUGAGGCGACCGCGAGGUCGCCGGCAGCGGCCGUCUCGGGCACACUCAACCCUCUGGCGCCCGAGUUCGUGCCCUCCCGCGCGCUUCUCGAGCAGUGCCCGCCGGCGUUGCAAGAGCGGCUCCGCGGCAGGGUGCAGGCCGAGGGGCCCGCGCGGAGCCAGGCGCAGCGGGGGAGGAGCCUUCUGUCCGCGCAGCGUGCUGUGGUGCAGCCGAAGCGCGUCGAGACGGAGUGGGUGGAGGUGACAAGGAGACGUGCCGUCAGGAAGGCCACCGCUGGCCAGCUCUGAGUGCCGCGCCCAUGGGUGAGACAUGCUGGGGGCGCGCGCAGUGGGGUGUUGCGAGGAGGCUCCUCACGAAUGCGGGGAUGACGUGGGAAUUCGGGUGUGCCGCUGCGCCCCGUCCGCAGCGGCUGCGGGCCUCCCGUCACUUACGCGCACGGGUUGCCGCGCGCUCGGCCGCCAGCGCCCGCCUCCGCCAGCCUUUUGCGGCCGUGGGCCCUCCACUUCUGGUUCGGAGACGCCGCGCCGCCGGCCCUCGCUGCAGCCAAUACUCGCGCAUGGUGUGCAGGGUAGGCCAGCAGCCCCACCUUAUCACUGCUCGACCGUGAGACCACCUUGCGAGCCCGGUCUUUACCGCUCUGCAAGCCCUCAGCAGUUGCGUUGAGGCGAGCGCGGUCGAUCCGAGCAAUGCGAACGGAUAGGGGAGCGGAUGAGGGUUGGUAUCACCCCGAUUCGCACCUUGUUCUUGAUUUUUUAUACGCAGCUUGCGACAUGUACAUCUCCAGUCGAGCUGAGCUCUGGCUGCGCUGCGCAAUGCAGUGAUGCAGGCAUUCGCGUGAUCCAGGUUGACGCUGGGACA